CAGACACCAACAGCCGUCGAACGUCUCCGCAACCUCCUCAACGGGCCCACACCCCAAAUUAUCCGCAUCGGCGUCCGGAACAAGGGCUGCGCCGGCCUCUCCUACCACCUCGAAUACGUCGACAAGCCCGGCAAGUUUGACGAGGUCGUCGAGCAGGACGGCGUCAGAGUCCUCAUAGACAGCAAGGCUCUCUUUUCGAUCAUCGGCAGCGAGAUGGACUGGGAAGACGAUGCUCUUAGCUCCAAGUUUGUUUUCGCGAACCCGAACAUCAAGGAUGCCUGUGGAUGCGGCGAGUCGUUCAAUGUCUCAUGA